GAAUACUUUUGCAAGGCACUGUAUAUAUCAGGGGUGGGCAAACUAUUCCACAAAGGGCCGCAGUAGGUGCGGGUUUUCGUUGUAACCUAUAAAGAGUAAACCUUUUCACCAAUCUGGUGUCAUACAAGUGCAAUCAGUUGAUUGCAAUCAGGUGCUUCUUGUUUCCCCGGAUCUAUUAUUGGUUAAACUGCCUGUGCUUGAUCAGUUGUAACAAAGACCAGGACCCACUGCGGCCCUUGAGGACCGGUUUGCCCACCCCUGGUAUAUAUAUAUAUAUAUAUAUAUAUAUAUAUAUAUAUAUAUAUAUAUAUAUAUAUAAUGCAGACCAAUAGAAAUGUAGUCCAGUCAAUACACAUACACACAGUAGGCUAUGUGCCAACUAAACAUUUUUAAAAAUUACUAUCACGGCAAUUGUCCUUGACAAAUUGUUAUUCCCAUUCAACUGAUAUUCUCAUUCAAUGUUCUAGAUUGCACACAAACAAAAACCGAAAUAAACUGAAAAACUAUUCAACCAGCAUGUUUCCAAAUGUAGCAGUUAAAAACUACGUUUCCCAUAAUGCCAAGUGCGGUUUAGCUUACUGAUAGCUAGCUGAGGCAAAAAUCUAACUUUGCUAUAAAAGUUUACAAUCAUCGGCAGCGCAAUGAUGCGACACCAAAUGGGAUUUUACAGUCAAAGCUCCAACAGAAGUCAACAGUUGCCAUUAUAUACGUAUUUAUCGUAAAAAACUUAACAACUGGGCAAGCGUUGUGGCCAAAUCGUCAACCUAGUAGAUGGCGGUAAUGCCUCAUGAUAGGGGUAAACUGCCAACAAAAACAAGAAGAACUACUCCUUCCCGCCCUACUACUAGGAGCCAUGUCAUCACAGGCAGGCGCUGCCACCCAGCGGCCGGAGGGAUUCUCUUCAAAUUGGUCCCGUGAAAAAUCAUAAAAAACGAACAUUUUUAUGAAUUUAUAAAACCCGCCCGGACCACGAGGAUACUACGUGAAAGUAGGACUUGUCCGGGCAAAAGAGGACGUUUGGUCACCCUAAAGUAAAUGUCACGGGUGCGAGCUUUUUGUCGCAUUAAAACAACUUCAUUUUUGAGUGGUGUUCAAGGGCGUAGGUUCGGUUCAACAUUGGUACAGACGAUAUAACAGCAUAAUCUGCAUGUACACUUUUUGCUAGGGACAGGACAUUAAUAAGACCAAACUGUUUGGGUGAAUGGGGGUCAGGGCUACAUUUCUCACGAAUAUCAACCUACCCCUAAUUGAUAGGCUAAAUGAUCAAUGCAUAAUAUGUCUGUAUUGACUUAUGCUAACUUUCAUAUGUAUUGGUUCAGGUGAUAAACCAUUUGAUUCAAACCUUUGUUUUCAAAAACUACUAAAACAUUUUGAAAACAUAAAUGUCUGGAUUUUAACAUCAAGUUUAAAUUGCAAUAUUUGAACAUAACUUAAAUUACAUUAACAUACACAAUAAAAACAAAUUGUUACUUUCUGUUAGCUAUCCAGGAAUGCAAAAAAAAUAAACGUUUGUUUUAAGACCACUCACCAUUGUCUGUCUAAAUAAAAUAAAUAUAACUGAAAACACUUCUUCGUCAAGGAAUAAUGAAAAUAAAUAAAAAUGGAGUUUCAUUCAGAUAAAACGCAACUGCUUUUGUCCACAAGCGCAGCCAAACUCAACAAAAUGAAAGCUCCUUUGGGCUGCUUUAAUGCCACAUAAAUGAAACAAAAAUUGGGGAGAAGUGAGUAAACCUCGGUUCACUACAUUUCUCACAGUUUAAGGAGAAAGCACAUACAGGAGGACACUUCUCUUCAAGCAGCUUCCUCCUCGAAUUUUUCAGGUUAGCAAAUUCACACAGUUUAAUAUUAAGCUAACUCUGAUGCAGGUCGGAUUUUCAGUAGUAAAAUUUGUGGUGUGUUCCCCACCCUCACAACAUUGACGUCUUUUUACAUACAGUGGCUGCUGGUGCUGCUGGCUGAAAAAAACCUGCUAAUAUCCCUCCUCGCUGGAGGAGGCGACAUCUUGUCCACAUGUUGUAUAAGUAAUCAACCAAUCAAACAUGCGUUUCAGGUGAAAAAAAAUGGAAUGGCACAUUCAACAAGUGAAAAGGGGUAAAUCUAAGUCUGAACAUAAUGAAAAUAAUCCACUUAAUAAUGGUAGGGUCAAUUCUAUCCUUACGGCAUAUGGGAAGACAAUCUAAAUGACCUAUAUAACUGAAGUCUUUAUAUAAUGCAAAAAAGGUUGCUUAAAACUUGAUGGGGACAAUUUGAUCAUCCUAAAAAGUUGGUAGUGUUAUGCUAUGCAAACCUACGCCCUUGGUGGUGUUAUUUCGGUGGAAAAAAAAAAACGGUUUUGAACUGAAACCACAUUUUGAGUAGCGUUUCAACCACCGAAUUUUCGCUCCAUAUCUAUUACUGUAUUACGUAUCUUCAUGAUAGUAUCGUGCAUAAACGUGAUAAUUGUCAUGUAAAAAUUGAUUACUAUAAUGAGACUUUUUUUUUAGGUGGGGUGGCAGCAAUACGCUUCUGUAAAUUUAAACCACAGAGAAUUAUUGAACAUGACUUCAACACUAUAUCUCUAUAUAAAAAUGAUCUAUUUCCAUAUUGUAUGUAUAUUUUCCACAAUUAAGUGCGCGCACAUAAGGGACAGGUGACUGGACUACAUCCUGGAAUGAUGUCUUGACGUUUUUUUAGUCACGUAUUUUCGUCAUAUCUCUGUCCCACACCACUGCUCACCUUUCCAAUCAGAAAUGAUAAGAAUUAAAAGACGUGAGAUUACAACAUGGAUCUAUUCAGAGAAAUAUUUUUAUACUUUUUCUUUCCAUUGCACUUUGCUGUAGACUUUGAUUUGUGGAGCACUUUGCAAGCAAGAACAACUGAUGUUGAAAACAGCUUAUUUUUAAAGGCUGUAUUAUUUUUUGCCACUUGGAGGCAGCAAAGAAGUGUUUGUGUGUGGGGGGGAGCGGAUUUAUUUGACUUAUACAUAAUAACCAUUUUAUUCAUUCGCUGCCAUUGACGGUGAUAGACGUCAAAUCCAUGUUAACUGUUAAAGCUGAUUUGGACGUUUAACACCAUCACUGGCAGGACACGACUUAUUUCAAAGCUUGGAAUUUCAAUCUACAGUAUUUUUUCCCUGCUUUUACUCACCAAAACAAAAUCUGUUUAAUACACUGUACAGUGGAACCUUCAAAGCACAAUACGGCAAGAAAAUUCAUUGUCUGCUAAAUGUUAAGAAAUUGUUUUAAAAUGACAUCUAAUCAUGGAAACUCUGUAUAAUAACACAGAAAAGUUGUACUGUAAACACUUCCAUGCAUCAAUACUGCAACAAUAUCAUUCACUGACAGCCCUUCCCAGUUCAAAUAAUUUGGACGUCUGUCACGGUCAAUGGCAAACAUAAUUCAAACAUAAUCAUUCACUGCCAGCAUAUAGUUAUACGUAUGUUCCCAAAUACUAAUUUUGAACACUACAUUAUUUUUAUCGUCCUAAAAACAAAACCUAAAUGUAUAAAAUACAAUGUUAUUACAAAUAUUGUAAGUUUUAUAUGGAUAUUUAUAUAGAAUUAUAUUAAUUAUAUAUUAACUUAUAAAACAUAUAUUUAUUCUAUGAAUUCAUUUAUUUAAUUUUUAAAAAUCUAAUCACAAACAAGCCGUGGGUCAUAAAAAGCAAAAAUGCACGCAGAGAACUUUAAAGGUUUCACUGUAAUCGAGUUAGGAUUUAAUUGCAGUGACACUGUUUGUCCACCAGAGGCAGCAUCCGCUGUCGCGUCUACUACAACUACUGUACAUACGUGAAACAAAAGGGAACAUUUCACGCACUUCUUGAGCCACAUUUGAUCUUUUUUGUUUUUUAGUUCUCUUUCUAUGGCACUGAAAUCAGCAUUGACGUUUUCCUCUCUGCCUUGUCUUAUUUAUUUGUAAUUUUUAACUCGUUCACUGCCAUUGACGGCAGACGUUCCAUUGACGUUCAAUCAAUUUGGACCCCUAUAGCCGUCAAUGGGAGCCAAUGAGGCAAUAUGUUCCAAGUGGUGGAGUUUAAAAAAAAAAAAAAACGUUACCCAUCGGUCACGUGUCUUUGUGGGGACCUCGCUGGACUUUGUGAGCGUCUCACUUUGCGGACUUUUGUAAAAGGAGGCAUUGUUUGGGCCUGCCAUGAGAUGUCAAAUUUCAAAGGAAAAAGAUCUGAUUUUUUUCCCAGUGUUUUUGAGAUUCUAAUUGUGUUUUCUUUUGUUCUCUACUGUGGAAUAAAAUAAGUUUUCUGGGUCACGACAAACAUGCAUAUUUUUUUAAACGAUGUCAACACUAAGUGGGAAUUGAAGUCUGACUUUGGUUUUGCGAUUUGCUUUUUUUUUUUUUUUUGUAUCGGGUGUGCUGUGAAACGUCAUUUACAGGCGGAGCCUGAGCUUCUGACUGACGCAUAGCGGCACCAAUAGGAGGAAAUUGGCUUGUAACGCACAGAGUAUGACCGGCUGGCGAUGAUUAUGAUUUUUGUAUUUAUUUAUUUCUGACGGAGAGCCAAUGCUUACACCUUUUACCCACAAUGCAGCUCGGUGGCGCGAGCUAGAUUAGCGACAGCGACUUAACUAGCGAGCUCGCUAGCUAGCUAGCCGCCAGGUGAAUGCGCCUGCCGCCGCCGCUGGGCUGCUGGCCGACUCAUGGAGCGCCUCCAUGGACGACCCUCCCAAAGCGGCUGCGGCGAAGCAUACGUCGAGCCCCGGGCCGGCCGCCCUCUCCUCUGACGAAGCAGCUAUUUUCCGCUGGCCCGCACCGGCGGAGGAGAAUGGGGAAGCGGCGCCCGACGGCUGCUGGACGGCCGUGUUCGACUACGAAGCGACAGCGGACGACGAGCUGAACCUUCGCCGCGGGGACCUGGUGGAGGUGCUUUCUAAAGACUCGCUGGUGUCCGGGGACGAAGGCUGGUGGACCGGCGUAGUGGCCGACCGUGUGGGCAUUUUCCCCUGCAACUAUGUCAGCAGAGGCGUGCCGGAGGAGGAGAGGCGGACCGCGUCGUCCCAGGAAGUGCCCCCCUUGCACCUCCUGGAGAUCGACUUCUCUGAGCUCACCCUGGAGGAGAUCAUCGGCGUGGGUGGCUUCGGCAAAGUGUACCGGGCGGUGUGGCGCGGUGCAGAGGUGGCGGUGAAGGCGGCGCGGCGGGACCCUGACGAGGAUGCUGAGCAAACACUGGCCAGCGUGCGUCAGGAGGCCAAGCUCUUCGCAAUGCUGGACCAUGCUAACAUCAUGGCGCUGCUGGGUGCCUGUCUGCGCCAGCCCAACCUUUGCCUGGUCAUGGAGUUCGCCCGCGGCGGCGCCCUCAACCGGGUGCUUGCGGGCAAACGUGUACCGCCCUGCGUCCUUGUUGACUGGGCAGUACAGGUUGCACGAGGGAUGCGAUACCUGCAUGAUCAGGCCAUCGUAACCAUCAUUCACAGAGACCUCAAGUCCAGCAAUGUCCUCAUCCUGGAGAGGCUUGAGUGUGAUGACCUGAGCAACAAGACGCUGAAGAUCACAGACUUUGGAUUGGCGCGCGAGUGGCAGCGCACCACUAAGAUGAGCGCGGCGGGCACCUACGCCUGGAUGGCUCCCGAGGUCAUCCGCUCGUCCACCUUCUCCAAGGGUAGCGACGUUUGGAGUUACGGCGUGCUGCUUUGGGAGUUGCUGACUGGCGAAGUGCCGUUCCGGGGCAUCGACGGCCUGGCGGUGGCUUACGGCGUGGCCAUGAACAAGCUGGCGUUGCCAAUCCCCUCCACUUGUCCGCAACCCUUUGCACGCAUCAUGGAGGGCUGCUGGAGUUCCGACCCUCACUCCCGACCACACUUUGCCGAAAUUCAGGACCAACUGACCGCCAUUGAGGAAUCGGGAUUCUUCGAGAUGCCGGCAGAGUCUUUUUGCUCGUUGCAGGAUGACUGGAAGCUUGAGAUUCAAGAGAUGUUCGAUCAACUUAGGACCAAGGAGAAGGAGUUGCGUUCGUGGGAGGAGGAGCUGACCCGGGCAGCGCUACAGCAAAAGUGCCAGGAGGAGGCGCUGCGGCGGCGCGAACAGGAGCUGGCCGAGCGGGAGAUUCACAUCCUGGAGCGAGAGCUCAACAUCAUCAUCCACCAGCUCUACCGAGACAAGCCGCAUGUCGAACGCCGCCAGGGAAAAUUCCGGCGCCACCGCCUUAAAAUCAAAGAUGGCAACAGAAUCAGCCUUCCACUCGAUUUCCAGCACAAGAUCACUGUGCAGGCAUCUCCAUCACGUGACCGUCGCAGGAGUUGUCUCAGCAGCAGCUCCAGCCCCCCAACCAGCCCACUGCUCCCUCGACUCCGAGCCAUUCAACUUACACCACAGGAAGGCUGCUGCGGCAGCUGGAUUCGUUCCGCAGGCGAAGAGGAGGUUGAAAGGAGGGGCUCCAGGAAAAAAGGCAGGACGCGAGCAUGCGGUCUGCAACGGGAGCACAGCGCUGAGGCCAGCGCAAGCCCCGCUGCCGAGGGUGGCCGCCAGCGCUCCUGCAGUGCCCCCAACCUGCGCCGUUCUCCCAGGCACAGCCCCGCCGUGCCAGGAGUGCCCAGCCUCCUGGAGACUGAAAAUGAAGACAGCUGCCUCGUGAGCAACUCGGGAGCUGGAGAGGCUCCGUCAUACAUGCGUCCACCCGGCCGAGAAGUCGACCCUUCAGCAGCGGGCGGGGAUCCCUCGCCGGACGUUCGUAUUCCAAACCGCAAGAGCCCCAGCGGAGCCCGCCGCACGGACCUGGCGCUACUGGGCUGCGGAGUCCUUCUGGCGGCGGUCGGGCUGGGCUCCGACCCGCUGUCGCCAGCUCGCCCAGAGGAAGGUGUCAAACCACGGCGGGACGCUUUCUUCAGACUCUUCCGGCGUGACAGUCCACUGAAAAUCCCGCCGUCCUCGUCCCUGGAUCGGGACUCGUCCACGCGAUCACUACUACGCUCCGACGUAGAGGACCUUCCGGCGCCGCCGCCCACCCGUCACCGCUGCAACGCGCUGAUCAACACCCAUUUGGAGAGCUUCAAGCGUAACCCGCGCCAGUCUCUUACGCCCACACAUGUGCCCUGCGUACCGAGUGCUGCCACUUCGCGGUCGGCCGGCUUGCGACGCACGCCGUCCGACGGGGCCAUCAGAAAGAGCUGCCCGCAUGGCAAUCUGGAACCUCUGCCGGAGCAAAGCGUCUUGGAGAACACUGGUUUUACAGACAACUUCCGGGCCGUCCCUCGCCUCCCGGACCCUGACAUGGUGUUCCCGCCCACCCCCCGCCGACGCUGCGCCCCCGAGCGCCCCAAAACCUUGGACAUCCUGGCACGACCCCGGCCCCGUCGCGACACCUUCCUUGCGCAGGCGCGGGGUUGCGCCGGGAGCGCUGACUCCCCGGCGCAACGCACCUCCAGCACUGAGACACCCCCUACUGCGGAGGAGGUGUCUGUGCCUUACUCCCCUUACAGGGGGCGCAACCUGCUGGACACGAGGGAUGAGUGGCAGUGCCAUGACAGUACUAUGCCGCUGCGCAGUGAACAUAGGUGAGAUGCUGACUUUUAAACACUUAGGCUCAUUAACUUUUUAUUCCUUAAUCACCGUAGAGAUUUUUAGAUAGUCCAUAAAAAAAUUCAGGAGUAUGGAAUGAGUAGGGGAGAACGCGAUUGGAUGUCACAAUUUUUACUCAUUCAUGAAUAUCUUUUUCUUCUUCUUGGCAUAGUCAUUCAUUAAUGACAAGGAAGCUCCUCAUCUUGGGUUGGAUUUAACAUCCUUUUCAUUUUUUUAAUUCGGUAAAAGUAAUUUAUUAUCAUUUAAAGACAGCCUUACACUUUGUUACAACCAUUCUCAUUGUGACCGAUUUAAUUAAAUGGAUUUUCUUUAAAAUAUAAAGAAUCUUCCGAAUAAAAUUUAAGUGUUGUAAUAUUUCAAAUGAAUUAGAACAGGUAUAUAUCAAGUUGCUUUAACGGAUAGAUCAUCAGAUCCAUUUUUCAGGUUAUUGUGUAAUAAUAAGAGUUUAUCGCACUCUUUUAAAGGUAUCCGACACAAACACAAAAUUAAAUUAGGCCAGAACGGAACGUCAACAUACACUACACUACAUUUUUUACUGCCUUAAAUUACUAUUAUUUUCUAGUUUUUUUCUCUCAUUCCAUUAUUACGUUGUACAUCACUGAGAGCUGAUGGAAAAUUUGUCGCAGUGACAAUAAAAAACAUUUAAAUUCUUUGAACUUCUGAUAGUGUGACAACAGUCCCCAUCCAAAUUGUGACAACCAACCCCAAUUUGGGAUUUUUGCUAAAAGCUCAACUAACGGCUUGCAAGCAACUGACUAGCUGUAGAAUAUGAAUCAAAACUAUAGCUUUGUAUUCAUACUUUUUAAUAGUAACUUUCAUAACUAGAAAUCUAUUGUGUAAAAGUCCUUUAAAAAAUAGUGAAGACUUCCAAAUUUGGAAAUCAAACAUAAAGUGACGACACUGUACACUGAAUACAAUGUAGAUUUUUUUUAUUUUUUUGUCGCUCACGAUAAUAUAAUUUCAUUACUAAUAUUGUGCAACACUGUGACAACCAAUCCUGGUCUCCCCUAAAUGAAUCCUCACUCCUGAAUCCACGAUGAGCACCAAGACCCCUAAAAAUUGAAUGUACAUGCAUCCGAUUGACUGUUUGUUGGCUUUCACGUUUUAGUAAUCGACACUUGACGAAUGCACAAAUUAGUACUAAAGCAGCAACAUAGCAGCUUGUUUGCAUCCAACUUUUAGGUAACAACCAUUAUUACCUUCAUAUAUACCCAGUGUUGGGUGAGGAGUGGUCAAACACAAGCAUGUUUUUGAAUCUUUUUAUUCAUUAUCUCACUUUAAAUUCAUUGUUUCCAAAUGUAUUUUUCUUUUAUGAUGAUCACAAUUCAUCAAUGGGAAAUGAUGCUGUUUACCACAAGAUUAUGAAAACACUUUACUCUCAAAUGUUGAAGUAGCUCACAAAAUUGUCAUAAAAUGAGUCCUCCAUUCGACAACAACAACAAAAAACGAAAAUUUGACUUUAAAAGAAUGUACUGAAAUCAGCAUUUACUUAAUUGUUUAUUUAUCUAUUUAGAUUUAGGUUACUAUUUACAUCAGGGGUCCCCAAACUUUUUCCUGUGAGGGCCACAUAACUUUUCCCUUCUCUGAUGAGGGGCCGGGUCAGUUUGUAACAGAAAAAGUGUGCAGGAGUGCCUAAAUAUAAAAAUGUAUUAUUUUUCAGAAAGCCACAAUCAAAUAACCCUUUCUGGAUUCUUCACGGAACAAAAGUAAAUAAAAUUAAAAAAAUAAUAAUAAUCAGGGCUGUCAAAAUUAUCGAGUUAACGGGCGGUAAUUAAUUUUUUUUAUUAAUCACAUUAAUAUAUUUGACGCAUUUAACGCACAUGACCGCUCAAACAGAUUAAAAUGACAGCACAGUGUCAUGUCCAUUUGUUACUUGUUUUUUAAUGGUGUUUUGGCGCCCUCUGCUGGUGCUUGGGUGAGACUGAUUUGAUGGGUUUCAGCACCAUGAGCAUUGAGUAAUUAUUGACAUCAACAAUGGCGAGCUACUAGUUUAAAUUUUUGUUUGAAAUUUUUACGAAUUUUAUCAAAACGAAAACAUUAAGAGGGGUUUUAAUAUAAAAUUUCUAUAACUUGUACUAACAUUUAUCUUUUAAGAACUACAAGUCUUUCUAUCCAUGGAUCGCUUUAACAGAAUGUUCAUAAUGUUAAUGCCAUCUUGUUGAUUUAUUGUUAUAAUAAAUACAGUACUUAUGUAAAGUAUGUUGAAUCUAUACGUCUUGUCUUUCCAUUCCAACAAUAAUCUACAGAAAAAUAUGGCAUAUUUUAUAGAUGGUUUUUAAUUGCGAAUAAUUACGAUUAAGUUUUAAGCUGCGAUUAACGCAAUGAAAAAUUUUAAUCGUCUGACAGCCCUAAAUAUAAUAUAAUAAUAAAUAAUAAUAAUACCAUUCAUGAAAUAGAUAAUAAUAACCAAAUAACCCUCUCUGGGUUCUUCACAGAAAAAAAGCCAGGAAAUAAAUAACACUAUUUGGGGGGGGAAUUGUUCAGGGGGCAGGACCAAAUGUGGAGGCGGGCCGUAGUUUGGGGACCCCUGAUUUACAUGUUGCGCAAAUAUGUAGCAGAUUUUAUAUAACUUGAGGCUCCCGAAUUGAAAAGGAAAAUCUACAAAUCAAAAAGAAUACAAAUGAAAAUUGAGAUUCAUUAAAAUGUUAUUCAAGUACCAAUUUAAAAAAGGAUCAAGGACCUUCAGACUUUUCAGCACGGGAAAAAAUGGCAUCACAGAGCUCCAAUUGAAAUAAAUGACAAACUAUUGCGAAUUUUAAAAAUGUACUGAAAUAAGUAUACUUUAGUUUUCAUUUUCCAUUUCAAAAUCAAUUUUGAUGCAAUUAAGCAUAAUUUUUCUGUUUUUGUCAUCUUCAUCUCACCCCAUUCACGUUUACUUGAAUGCUACAGUAUGUAUAAAGUUUGCUCCAGCGCAUAACACAAGGACAACAUAAGAUCCAUUUGCUGCUGUGACUCACAACGUGUGUGAGAAAUGUUAAUCUAGCUGAUGUGCAUGAAUGUUCCCUCCCCUGUACUGGACAAAACGAGUGAAGUGGAGAGUUGCACAAUUAAAACACAAUUUAAGUUAUUUCACUGUUGUCUCCUUUCUGCACAGAAGCGUACACCAGGAAAAAAAUUGAGUUUUUCCUCAUGAUAAACAUUUCACGUUUCAACACAAUAGAUUACAUGUCUUAAUGAGAUUAAUUUCAAGUUUUGAUGCGAUAUCACAUUUUACCAAUAAAUUUAUCAAGUGAAAACGUGGAAAACAUUGCACUGUGUGAAAUUUUUUGCGCAAUAUUGUGACGUGUUAAAAGGUGAAGCGUAACACGUUUUUUUUUUCAUGCUGAUAUUUGAAAAAUUUUCCGCUUUACUAUAUGAAGUUUACCACCUUGAAAUGUGAAAAUCAUCUGACCAAAGCACAUGGUCCCAGUUGAAGCCUGGGACCGUGUGUAUUUUUGUGUGAGACCAAGAUUGAGCUUUUUGGCAACAAACACUCUAAGUGGGUCUGGUGUGCCACGAAAGAUGCGCAUGCUGAAAAGCACCUCAUACCCACUGUGAAGUAUGGGCGUGGGUCAGUGAUGCUGUGGGGCUGUUUCGCUUCCAAAGGCCCUGGGAACCUUGUUAGGGUGCAUGGCAUCAUGAAUCCUUUGAAAUACCAGGACAUUUUAAAUCAAAAUCUGUUGCCCUUUGCUCGAAAGCUGAAGAUGGGUCGUCACUGGGUCUUUCAGCAAGACAAUGACCCUAAACAUAUGGCCAAAUCUACACAGAAAUGGUUCACCAGACACAAAAUCAAGCUCUUCCCAUGGCCAUCUCAGUCCCCAGACCUUGUUUUCUUUGCAAAAAGGGGGUUGAACAAAGUAUUAACACCAGGGGUGCUAAUAAUUGUGAUACACAUUAUUUGAUGUCAAAUAAUUUUUUCUUUAUGUGGGAUUUUUUCGGGUAUUGAAGGUUGGAUUUUCUCUUUUUUUCUCCAUUAAGGCCCCAUAUUAUUUGAAUAAUUAAAAAAAAAAAAUUUAGAAUCUAAAAAACACAUCUUUUUCAGGGGUGCCAAUAAUUAUGGAGGGCACUGUG